CCGGAAUUAGCGCCACUAAGAUGGCGGCGGUUGCGGACUGAAAGUGAGUGGCGCUGACGCUGGGAUACGUUACGGAUGGCUGGGGAAACUGUUGAAAAGAGGGAGCGGGAUUCUUCACCCAUCAAAGAAGAGCGAAGACGUUCACGCUCACCGGACCGGGAACGUGACCGAGAUCGUGAGAGGAAAGCCUCCCCUAUUGCCAAAGACAGGAAGCGGCACCGUUCCCGUGAGAGGAGGAGAGGCAGUAGGUCAAGAUCCCGAUCUCGGUCCAAGUCACCGGAGAGGGAACGACGAUAUAAAGAGAGGGAACGAGACAAAGAGCGGGAACGCAGCAAGAAGGACCGGGAGCGGGAGAAAGAUGGGCAUCGAAGAGACAAGGAUAGGAAACGCUCCAGAAGUCUCUCUCCAAAUCGCAACAAAGACUCCAAAUCCAGGAAGGACAGAGAUUCUCGCAGGGAUGAAGAGGAUGAUGGAGGCAAGAAGGAGAAGGCACAGCCACUGUCCCUGGAGGAGCUUCUGGCUAAGAAAAAAGCUGAAGAAGAAGCUGAAGCCAAGCCCAAGUUCCUUUCCAAGGCAGAACGAGAAACUGAGGCCUUGAAGCGCCGGCAGCAGGAGGUAGAAGAACGGCAGCGUCUGCUGGAGGAUGAGAGGAAAAAGAGAAAACAGUUCCAAGAGAUGGGCAGGAAGAUGCUGGAGGACCCCCAGGAGAGGGAGCGGCGUGAGCGGAGGGAACGCAUGGAACGGGAAACCAAUGGCAAUGAAGACGAGGAGGGGCGGCAGAAGAUCCGUGAGGAAAAAGACAAGAGCAAAGAACUGCAUGCCAUCAAGGAGCGGUAUUUGGGUGGGGUCAAAAAACGGAGGCGCACACGGCACCUGAAUGACCGCAAGUUUGUGUUUGAGUGGGAUGCUUCAGAGGACACUUCUAUUGACUACAAUCCCUUGUACAAGGAGCGACACCAGGUUCAGCUGCUGGGGCGCGGCUUUAUUGCUGGCAUUGAUUUAAAGCAGCAGAAACGGGAACAGUCACGCUUCUAUGGAGACCUGAUGGAGAAGCGGCGCACGCUGGAGGAGAAGGAGCAAGAGGAGGCACGUCUGCGCAAGCUGCGUAAAAAGGAGGCCAAGCAGCGCUGGGAUGACCGGCAUUGGUCUCAAAAGAAACUGGACGAGAUGACGGACAGGGACUGGCGAAUUUUCCGCGAGGAUUACAGCAUUACGACAAAGGGAGGCAAAAUCCCCAACCCCAUCCGUUCCUGGAAGGAUUCUUCACUGCCCCCUCACAUCUUGGAGGUUAUCGACAAAUGUGGCUACAAGGAACCUACUCCUAUCCAGCGUCAAGCCAUCCCUAUUGGCCUGCAGAACCGUGAUAUCAUCGGUGUGGCUGAGACUGGCAGUGGUAAAACUGCUGCCUUCCUUAUCCCACUGCUGGUAUGGAUCACCACCCUGCCCAAGAUUGACCGGAUUGAGGAGUCCGAUCAGGGCCCCUAUGCCAUCAUCUUGGCCCCCACCCGUGAACUGGCUCAGCAGAUCGAGGAAGAGACGAUCAAAUUUGGAAAGCCUCUGGGCAUCCGUACGGUGGCUGUUAUUGGUGGCAUCUCUCGUGAGGACCAAGGCUUCCGGCUGCGCAUGGGUUGUGAGAUUGUUAUUGCCACUCCUGGCCGUCUCAUUGACGUGCUGGAGAAUCGUUACUUGGUGCUGAGCCGCUGCACCUACGUGGUAUUGGAUGAGGCCGACCGCAUGAUUGACAUGGGCUUCGAGCCUGAUGUGCAGAAGAUUUUGGAACACAUGCCUGUCACCAACCAGAAACCUGACACUGAUGAGGCUGAGGACCCUGAGAAGAUGCUGGCCAAUUUUGAGUCCGGCAAGCACAAAUACCGACAGACGGUGAUGUUCACGGCCACCAUGCCACCCGCUGUGGAGCGCCUGGCCCGCAGUUACCUGCGCCGCCCAGCUGUGGUCUACAUUGGCUCAGCUGGCAAACCACACGAGCGUGUGGAGCAGAAGGUCUUCCUCAUGUCAGAAUCAGAGAAGAGGAAGAAACUAUUGGCUAUUUUGGAGCAGGGCUUCGAUCCACCCAUCAUCAUCUUUGUUAACCAGAAGAAGGGGUGCGAUGUACUGGCCAAAUCUCUGGAGAAGAUGGGGUAUAAUGCCUGCACACUUCAUGGUGGCAAAGGUCAGGAGCAGCGAGAGUUUGCCCUCUCCAACUUGAAGGCUGGAGCCAAGGACAUUCUGGUCGCCACCGAUGUGGCUGGACGUGGUAUUGACAUCCAUGAUGUGUCCAUGGUGGUGAACUAUGACAUGGCUAAGAAUAUAGAAGAUUAUAUCCAUCGCAUUGGUCGAACAGGAAGAGCUGGAAAAAGUGGCGUGGCUAUCUCGUUCGUUACCAAGGAGGACUCGGCUGUCUUCUAUGACCUCAAGCAAGCCAUCCUCGAGAGCCCGGUAUCCUCCUGCCCACCAGAGCUGGCCAACCACCCAGAUGCCCAGCACAAGCCAGGAACCAUCCUCACUAAGAAGCGGCGAGAGGAGACUAUCUUUGCCUGAGUUCCGUAGAGAUACCACAAGAGGUUCUCCUCUGAUUGUGGCUGGGGGACACCCUCUUUCAUGCCCUGGAGCUUGAGUAAAACUGACUUGAUAGGUUGCCUCCCUCCAGAUGCGAAGAGGUCCUUCAGUCCCAGGUUCCGUAUCUUUCCAAAAGCAGUGGCUUUUAUUCCCCCUCCCCAAAGAGGUGCACUCUUUCCCGUGUGCUGUGAUAAAACACCCAGCACAGAAUCUGGGACCAAACGGGAGACUCCAGCUGGUGGGGCGGGAGAGGAUAUAUUGUCUCAUAAAUCCUCAUCUCUUCAUUGUCCUUUUUGGAUCCAAUGUUUGUAUUUUCCUCCAGGCAAACUUUUUAAAUCCUCAGUUAAGAAACUGGACUCAGGUUGUGGCCAGCAUUCUUAUCUUGCUUUGUUGACUCUCUGACUUCAGCCUCCUCUGAUUGUCAUCUAGGCUGGUACAUGUUCUCUAUCCUUUCCUCCAUACUAUAAGAUCAGGUAAGGUUUGGCCCUGCCUGGGAAAAACUGCUGCAGGUCCUGGGAAUUGUAGACAGAUUGCUGCACGCGCUGUUUAUUUUGUCCCAGAGAAGACUUGAACCUCUCCUAAUUCCAGACCGUUGAGUUUCAGCUGGUAAUUUUAUGUAGGGCGUGGGGUCUGCAGAAAUCCUGUUUAUCCAGUAGAAAGGGGGGUGGGGUGGGGUUAACACACAGAAUGUGUGUCUGAUAUUUUUUAAUGACGCUUUUUGCUUCUAUGAGACCAUGUGAAAUGUCACUCCGGCUUUUUUUCUUUUGUCACAAACAAGAGUAGGGACUCGAGUUCAGGCAGUGAGGAACUGGUUGUCUUCUGGAAUGAUGUGUGUCACGGCUGUGUCUUUUGAAUGUUUAAAAACACCUUUCAAAAAUACCCAAAAGAAACAGGAAAACUUAGGUUAUUGAUACUUCCUAACCUUAGUGUGUGAUUGAGACGGCAGCAGCAGUAAGUCUCGGAAGCAUGACAAGGUGCAGGGAGAAUAAAAGAGCAAUUUAUGUUUUUAAAAAAUCUCAGUGUCCAGAUCCUCUUUCAUGCUUUGCCAUCUUUCAAAAGUCAAACCCAGAACAUGGCAGAAUUUGACUGUCCUACGAAGACCGAGGUACAAAAUGUGCACACUUCUCAUAUCAGUUCUGAUAGAUUAGGGUUUUAACUGAUACUUUUCUCAGCAAAACUACACCCCAGCUGGGAUCAGGACUUCACUUCUGGGUGUUCUACCAGAAAAGUGGCAGCUGAAACGCACCAACUUCGUUUACAGCCAGCACAAGCACACCUGUACAUUGUAUGUUGGUAGUCAUACUGUGGUAUAAGCUGUUGAAUAAGAAGCAACCAUCAGGUCUUGCUGUCAUUUUGUUGGUGGCCAGUGUUUCUGACUGUCAUGCUGCAGAAUGUAUUACUGUCACUCCAGAACACGUUUUGUAGCCCUCUGUCUUGGUGAGCUUUGGCUUGUCGUCUGCCGAGUUGGUGAGCAGGCGGCAGCAACAGGUGCUGGUGAUCUGGUCUGAAGAUGGUAGAGCCGUGCCACUAGUUUUGCUUUCCCUGGUCCAGGCUCACUAGACCCACCCUCAAAUCUGCUGCCUGGCCACCCACAUUGUAACCUGAUUUGGCCAGGGUAGGUCAAGAAUCAGAAAAACCCCAAUGUAACAUUAAAAUAUCACUUGUGUGA